AUGUGUACUGAACAAGUUCUUGCCAUUUUGUGUCUACUGGGAGGAUUUUUGCAUAACUUAAACGAGUCUGUUGAAAACUCAGAGUUUAGGUUGGAAGGAGAUUAUUUGAUUGGGGGACUUUUUGAUAUUCAUCUUGGCAGCAAAGCUCUGAAUCGUGAAAGACCAGAAACUAUCACCUGCUCAAGCCACCCGUUUAUUCUAACAAGUUAUCGAAGACUGCAGAUCAUGAGAUUCUCCAUUGAGCAAAUCAAUAACGCCACCAACCUGCUACCAGGUGUAACGCUUGGCUAUGAAAUUUUGGACCACUGCUCAGACACAACAAAUUUUCCAGGCAUUUUUAAACUCAUCUCUGUUGACGGCAUCGUCCAACCUUGGGACCAGUCAAAUGCGAACGUCUCUAAAGUCAUUGCAGUAGUCGGAACUUAUACGAGCACAGAAACACUGACUGUGGCGCCGCUCUUCAUGACGAAUCUGAUUCCUAUGGUCACCUAUGCAGCUGCUAGUUCUGUCUUAUCGGAAAAAGAAUUUUUUCCUUCUUUUUUGCGGACAGUCCACCCCAAUAAACAUAUCAUAGAAGUUUUCUUUCACAUUUUGCAAAAGUUCAACUGGCGCUGGGUUUCGUUCCUGUACACUGAUGGUGAUUAUGGAAAGGAUGGCUUGGACUUGUUUCAAAAUAUGAUCAAAGAUACAGAGAUCUGCCUGGGAUACACCAAAGGCCUUGAUGAAAACACAGACUAUCCUCCAAUGUUUCAGCAACUAGAGGCACAGAGAGUAAAUGCAAUCAUCGCUUUCACAUUGGAAUGGACGGCUAAAGAUCUCAUUAAAGCAGCCAUAAAACAUAAUUUCACCAACAAAGUGUGGAUCGCGGGGGAUGGGUGGUCUUUACACCAAAAGCUGCCAAGGGAAAAAGGAAUCAGAAAGAUUGGAACCAUAAUUGGAGUUGCUGAGCCAGUAAUUACAAUACGAGGUUUCAGUGAUUUCAUCCACUCUUCAAAAACCCUGUGUCAGACUGAAAACCCAAAGCAAGAAAGAUUUUGUAAUCAGAUUUCAAACUGCAACAACCUAACUGCUGAAGAUGUCAUUAAUGCGGAUCCGUCAUUCUCCUUCUCUGUUUAUGCUGCUGUAUAUUCCAUAGCCAAUGCUUUACAUGCUGUCUUGCAAUGUGGUGACGGCAGGUGUAACAGAGCAAUACCUGUGAAACCACACAUGGUUCUGGCCGCAUUGAGAAAGUCCAACUUUACUCUAUUAAAUCAGAGAAUUCAGUUUGACAAUAAUGGUGACCCCAAGUUUGGAUCAUAUUCAAUAUUUUAUUGGAAUGAGAUCGGAGAGACAGAGGAAGUUGGCGUUUACCAUUUCGAAUCAUUUUUUCACAUUAACAAAACUAAGAUCCAGUGGCAUGGAAAUGGAAAGGUUCCUUCUUCAUUUUGUUCCAAAGAAUGUCCAGCAGGAUUUUAUAAAAAACAAGAAGGAAUCUACAAAUGCUGUUUCAAUUGCACAAUCUGUCCAAGAGGAACUUAUAUCAACACUACAGAGGAUCCCUACCAUUGCGUCAGCUGUAAGGAGACGGAGUGGUCUGACCCAGGAAGUACUCUGUGCAAUCUGCGGCUGGUGGAGUACGUGCCGAUCACAGACAGUGGUGCCGUAAUGAUCGUGAUAGGAACCUGCACCUUAAUGGCCCUCACAGUUGCUAUAUCUGCUCUCUUUGCCUUCAACUACAACACUCCUGUUGUCAGAUCUGCUGGCGGACCGAUGUGCUUCCUGAUUUUAGACUGCCUCAGUUUGUGCAGUCUCAGUGUUUUCUUUUACUUCGACAAACCCACGAUCGCAUCGUGUGUGUUAAGGUUUUUACCGUUCCUGUUGUUCUUCACUGUUUGUCUGGCAUGUUUUGUUGUGUGCUCUUUUCAGAUUGUUUGUAUUUUCAAAAUUGCGGCUCAAUUCCCCAACCUCCUCAGCUGGUGGAAGAAAUACCACGGACAGUGGUUGGUCAUCAGUGUGGCCUUUGUCACACAGGCUGUUCUACUUUUAAUCAGUUAUUCCAUGACCCCUCCCAUACCUUACAGUGAUCUUGAUAUAUUUGUCAAAACCAUUCUAGGUUGUGACAUUGAUAUAAAAUCAAUGUCAGCCCCUGUGAUUUUUCUGUCGACAUUAUGCAGCCUGUGUUUCAUUUUUUCCUACAUGGGAAAAGACCUGCCAAAGAAUUACAAUGAAGCCAAAUCCAUAACCUUCUGCCUGAUGCUGCUGAUCCUCACCUGGAUCAUCUUUGCCACUUCAAGCAUGCUCUACCGGGGGAAGUAUGUCUCAUCAUUUAACGCGUUGGCAGUACUGUCCAGUCUUUAUUCUUUUAUGAUGUGGUAUUUCUUUCCAAAAUGUUACAUUAUUAUGUUUCAUCCCAACAAAAACACACAACAGCAUUUCCAAGGUCUGAUUCAAAAUUAUACCACAACAAUUAGUCAGUAG